GGAUCUGGGGCAGAGCUCGGGCCAUGGCUUUGUCUGAUCAUUCUUCCUGUGUCCCUGGGGAUGAAAUUCCCUUCCCAGAGAUAGUGGAGCUCAACGUGGGUGGGCAGGUGUACAUCACUCGCUAUUCAACUCUCACCAGCCUCCCAGACUCCUUCCUCGGGGAGAUGUUCACACAGAAGAACCCUAAGGGGCUUGCACGUGACACCAAAGGGCGCUUUUUUGUGGACCGCGAUGGCUUUCUCUUUCGCUACAUACUCGACUACAUGCGAGACCAGCAGCUGGUGCUUCCAGACCACUUCCCAGAGCGUGGAAGGCUACAGCGGGAGGCAGAGUUCUUCAAUCUGCCUGAGCUGGUGAAAAUGCUGCAGCCCAAGAUCAGCAAGCAGAACUCCCUUGGAGAGGAAGGUUGCCAGAGUGACCCAGAAGACUCUUCCCCCAUCACUGAUACUGCUCGUAAUUUGGCCGGUAUUGGUGGGAGCUCCGUCACCUGUGGCAAUCUGGGACCGGGUGUGGGAAGCGAUGGCCGGCGCUCCGGCUUCAUCACCAUUGGCUAUCGAGGCUCGUAUACGCUGGGUCGGGACAGUCAAACAGACGCCAAGUUCCGUCGUGUGGCACGAAUAAUGGUGUGUGGGAAGACCUCACUGGCGAAGGAGGUGUUUGGUGACACUCUCAAUGAGAGUCGGGAUCCAGAUCGCCCACCAGAACGUUAUACAUCGCGAUAUUAUCUAAAGUUCACCUUCCUGGAGCAGGCAUUUGACAGGCUGGCUGAUGCUGGGUUCAACAUGAUUGCUUGCAACUCAACAGGAACCUGCGCCUUUGCCCAUGACCAGACAGAUGACAAGAUUUGGACCAACUACACAGAGUAUGUAUUCUACCGUGAGUGAGCUUCAUCCAUUCCUGCUCCGCUAUUUUCCUCAAAGGAGAACUAGAUGCGCCCAAAUCGACCUUCUCUGGGAUUAGCCAUGAAUGCAGACAGAACUUUGUAUUUAUCAACAGCUCCAGCCCCCCAUUGCCUGUUAAAGACAACCACAGUGACACUGGUUUUGCGGUCAUACAGACGGUUUCACC